GCAACGGCGUCAUUGAGUUCAGCGACUUCAAGAGCUACAUGAACAAGAAAAAGACAUGUUCCUAUGAUGAGAGAAAGCAGGAGAUGCUGAGAGCCUUCAGACUCAUCGACAAAAACAACGACAAAUUCAUCGACGCCCGAGAGCUGAUGGGAGUCCUCACCAAGCUGGGAGAGCCUCUCUCUGAGGAAGAGGUCAAGGCCAUGAUCCGGGUGGCUGACGUCAACAAGGACGGAAAGAUUGACUACGAAGAAUUCGUAGACUUCAUCCUCUCACCGUGCAUCGGACCUCAACGAAACUCCUUCUGCAGACGACAAACCAGCAAGCAAAGCAAUACGUCACUUCCGCAACAACAACGACCACCACCACCAGACGGCAGACACGAGUCUCGCAUGUCCACGCGAGACAGUGCCGGGUUUUUCUACACGGCCGACGUGACGCCACAGCCCGCCAACGUGCCAGAUAGGACGAGCAGCGAGUCGUGGGUGCCCCCUGCCGGUGUGUACGCCCGGGGCUCCAUGAAUAACCGUGACUCCAUGAACAACCAUCUCGCUCUGAACAGUGAGGACAGCAGACUGUCUGCCUACCCUCCCGUAGAUGACGGAGACAUUUCCCCGGACAUGCAACAGUUCCCACACACAGGCGACACGGGCCACAGUGAAAGAUGAAACCAAACAUUCAAUAAAAUAAUGUGAGGCGUGCUGACAAAA